AUGGACCAAACAACAAACGAAUCGAAUUUCGCACCAUCGGUGUACGGCUUCUCUAUACAGGAGAUGGUAAUCCUCGAACACGCCAUAUCUUAUUCAAUGAUGAGCAGAAAUACCAGAUUUGUUAUCGAGAUUGCUGCAGAACGACUGAAGGGAGAAGGUGGUCUCAUUGACGAAUUUUACCAAUUCAAACCCGACAUUGGCAACCCUGACAUCUUCUGCGAUUUCGAGACAUGGGCUAUUGACCCGAUCCAUGAGAGGGUCCAACAGUUGGCUCCGAUACCAAUCUCCACGUCGACUAGUUUACUGGACUACUAUGAUCCCGUCACUUACGUUUUUGAGCUGUAUAACGAUGGCGGUAUACUUAAUGCGAAUGAGCUCCCAUUUGACCCAGAUAUUUUUUGGAAAUGCCAGUCCGAAAGUUGCCAUCGUUACCAAUGCAGAAAGGCAACUUUCGUCUGA